UCAGUGAUGAUGGGAGUUGUAGUGUCCAACAACAACUGGAGGACCGAAGUUGUGCAGCCCUGCCUUAAAUAAUGAAAUCAGGGAAAGGGAACCCUAUGCUCAGUAAGGGCAAGAAGACCGAGCUUCAGUUGCCCCUACUGAGCAUGCGCACUGCUCCAGCUGCACUGAGCAUGCUCAUUACUACUCGAUAGGGAAACUGGACAGCUUCGAGCUUGUGGUUUACAUCUUUUCAUGAGAAGAAAGCCAGAUUCACCAUGGACAGAAAGUGUUCUCAACUCCUGCCUUCAGUGUGUACGAUUCUAGCAGAUCCCAGGCACUUGAUUUCAGAUGAUACCUGCUUGGAAAAGUUACUAGAUUGGCUUAAGACUUUGACGAGUGCUGGAUCUGGCCUGCUGCUGUUAGAAGAAAAUCCAUGUUUGACAGAGUUCAUCCUUGCAGUUCUCGGACAGCAAGAGCCAAGUCCUAGCAUCCUUUCCUUUGUCCUGAGGCUCACGGGGAUCUUUGCUGCCUCCGAAAGCUGUUUCCAACACCUCCAGCAGGGGGAAGUGGUGCGUGGCACCUUCGGAGAAGCAGGGCCGACCCGCAGUGCACUGUGGGAAGACGCGUCUAUACGGAGCGGAUGGGUUCAGGGCAUUCGGAGUAUGCUUCAGCACCAGCGGGCCUUCCAGUUCUUGUGCAACUCUGGAGCUCUAGACACAAUCUUCACUCUUCAAGGAGACAGCAGCUUAUUCGUUGCUUCGGGAGCCAAUCAGCUGCUUGCGCACAUGCUGAUCUUCUCCAUGCAGUCUGGAUCAACCGGUCCUCCCAGUACAAAGGACUGCAAUUGGCCAGCCUGUGCUCGAAGGAUUAUAGCCCACGUUGAGGCGUCUCUUGAAUCCCGCUCCAGUUCCCAGGUCAAGCAUGCCUUACAGACGCUGACGACAUUGUUUGAGCACAGCCAGAAGGAGUGGACAGAAGUGCUUUGGUCACGGAUCGCAGAAACGGUUGAAUCUCUUCUGAGGGAGGAGGCGGUCCAGGCCGGACACUACUUGGUGGAUCUGUUCCUUAGCAUGGCAAGAUCUCCUGCAUUUAGCUGUCCCGACUGCAGUCUUUGGAAACUCGUAAUGCUUGCUCUGAAGAGCUUCAGCCUGGCUCAAGCUGCUCCUCUGGCGCUGGGAGUCCUGAAACUUGAGGCCUGCCCACCAGGAAUUAAACAGCAAGCUCUGAACAUUCUGCUGCAGCCAAUGAGCUGCAUCUCUGGAGCGGCUUCUGACUCCAUGGAAUUCUCAGGUUUGCUGGAUGGACCGCCCUCCAACACUGCCUCUCUGGAGCCUCUGCUGUCCUCCAGGUCUUCGUGCAUCAGCCUCUUGUGCCAGACUUUGGCUCGUCUCGAGGAGACCCAGCGCUUGGCCUGCUUGUCGGUGGGAUUUCCACAUAAGCCUUUGCUCCAUUCUGUGGUGACGGUGCUACAGUUUUGUGUCGGCCUCGCCGUUCCGGUCUCCUCCCUAGGAUCUAAAAUUUCCAGAAUCCUCAUUGGCUGCUUCAGAGUUCAGCGAGCAGCUCUCAGUCUCCUUGGUGCCCUCUCUCAGUGGGCAAGUUGUGAUGCAGACACCGAACAAGUCUAUGACAUUCUUCUUUUUUACUUGAAGAGUCCAGAUACCAGUUCUACUGUUCUGAAGGCGGCUUUCCAGGCGACACUAAAGUGGGUUCUGCGCUUCUCUGGAACGUCUGGCCCUGCCGAGGGCUUCCAACACCACAAACAAUUUCUGAGAGACGUCUUGCCCAUCCUGCAGAAACGCCUGUGCAGCCCCAGGUGGGAAGUGCGGGAUUCCGCCUUGGAGUUUCUCACUCUGGCGAUUAAGCACCUGAAAGAGCAGGAGUGGUUCUGGCAGGCUCUCCUCUCCUCGGAAGUGCCGGCCCUGGCCGAGGGCCUGCUGGAGGACCCAGAGAGCUACGUGCGGGCCAGUGCCGUGAAAGCCUUGGGCCAGUUCUCUUUAGCUGUCAGCACGGGCUCAAAGGCAGCCACCUUGGACAGUAACGGGAGCAACCCAGAGGCUGGCAUCGCAGCUCGCCUGCUGGACAUCUUGUCUCUGGACUCGGAAGGCUUCCCCCGCCGAGCCGCGAUGGGCGUCUUCAUUGACUGGCUCCGGGAAGGCCACCCGGAUGUCAUGGCCGGCCCCGAAGCGUUUGUCUCCCGAGUGCUCCAAGCUGUGAGCGGAGACUUGGAUUGGGAAGUCAAGGUCAGCAGCCUGGAACUGGCCGAGGUUCUCCUCGCCCAGACGUCUGCCCGGGCGGGGCCCGAGGAGCAUCCUUCGGCUGCCGACACAUCCCCUGCCGGCCAGCCUGGCCGCCUCCCCGAACUGCUGCAGCUGCUUUGCCGAGGGGGACUCUUUGGCUUCCUCGUGGCCGCCCUGGGCGACUGCGACAGGCCCGUGGCCCUGAGAGCCUGCGGGAUCCUGAGAGCCGUGAAAGCCAAGGUUUGUCGCAGCAGCUGCCUGGAGGAGGAGCAGAGGUCGGAUCCGGGGGGCGCGGCGCGGCCGGAGGAGACCCCGCAGGGGGCCGCUUCCCUCCUUCCUCUUGGGGAUGGUGCUGAAACUGGGCCCCGGGAUCCAAAGGAGGUGCUGCUGCUCCUGGCAGGGACAGACCUCGCGGAGCUCCAGCGAUCUCUGGACCGAAGCAGUGACCACCUGGAGAAGAGCCUCCAGUCCCUCUUGCAGGAUAUCCUGUCUGCUGCGGGGGGCGCCGAGGAGAAUGAAGCAGACUGCUACUGAGCAUGCUCUGGCUGGAGGAGGGAGCCCCACUUCCGAAUGCUGCCCUGGCUUGAGGGGGCCAUGCCCACAAAAACGCCCCCCCCCAGGCCAGACUGCAAAUUUUCUUGCACAGAAUGCCCAACCCCUACAGGGCCCAACUCUGCCCCCGUGUGUUUUUGUGGGGCUUGUUCCCAGGUCAUUUCAGUGUGCAGAGGACUGCAGCCUGCUUCGAAGUGAGCCCCCUCUAUCACAGUGGGGCGUACUUACAAGUCAAUGUACUCAGGAUUGUACUGCUGGGAUGUGAACUGUGCCGCUGCUGUGUUACUGCAGAGCUUCUCCAACGUGGCUCGCCAGAAGUUGCGGGACUACAACUCCCAUCAGCCCCGUCUGAGACUUGGGUCUCCAGAAGUUGUGGGACUACAACUCCCAUCAGCCCCCGCCACAGUGGUCCAAAUGCCGGGACAUUCAUGACACUAAACUGCGCUAAACUGUCAAGGUGAUCAACCGCAAUAAAUGUGAAAGGGGGAAAUGUAACUCUCUCAACCAAUCUGUUUGCUACCCGGUUGCGGCUAGGGAUGAUGGGAGUUGUAGUCUGACAACAUCUGGAGAGCCACAGCUGAAAAACUUGUCUUAGUCACCAAUCCAAGGUGACGCUUCUCUUUUUAAAUACAAACAGAUUGAACUUGCAAAAUGAUUGUAUAGGAUCAUAUUUUGCUCUGUAUAGCUGCAUUAUAAAUCUGCUAAGAA